UUCUUGACUUCCUGCAAAGAGGACCCUUUGCAGCCCUUUUGGAGAAGUUAGUAAAACUGAAUCUGACAUCACUGCCUCACAGCAAGUGGUUUGUUCUCAGGGCAGCAGGAGGAAAUCGCCCCUGUCUGAUAAGACACCAGUUGAAGAAAGGACGCAUGCUGUCUCUCGGGAGUUUGGCUGAUUUCCAGAUAUGACCAUGUAUCUGUGGCUUAAACUUCUGGCAUUUGGCUUUGCCUUCCUGGACACCGCAGUGUUUGUGGCAGGAAACUCUACCCGUCCUAACACUCCAGAGCCCUCUGCUCCAAGUGGCCCCUUGCCUGCCCUCACCACUGCACUCUCACCCGCAAGCAUCUCUGAACGAGGCAGUGACUCCUUGGGGACCUCGCCUCCCGCGAGUCCAGACAGUCUCACCGCGAGCGCACCCCUGACCUCUUGGGAAAGUGCUAGUUCUGCUGUGACAGGUGCCCCAGGAGAAGGGACCACGACCACCUUGCCUGCAGGCCCCGCUGCCCCACCAGCCACCUCCCACAGCCCUGCAGCCAGCGGCGCUGCUGCCUCACCUCCACCCAUCUCCAACACGGCCACCCAGGGUAACGCCUCACCUCCACUCACCUCCAACCCGACCACCCAGGGCAACGCCUCACCUCCACUCACCUCCAACCCGACCACCCAGGAUAACGCCUCACCUCCACUCACCUCCAACUCGACCACCCAGGAUAACGCCUCACCUCCACUCACCUCCAACUCGACCACCCGAGAUAAAGCCUCACCACCACUCACCUCCAACUCGACCACCCAGAAUAACGCCUCACCUCCACUCACCUCCAACCCGACCACCCAGGAUAACGCCUCACCUCCACUCACCUCCAACUCGACCACCCAGGAUAACGCCUCACCACCACUCACCUCCAACUCGACCACCCAGGAUAACGCCUCACCUCCACUCACCUCCAACUCGACCACCCAAGAUAAAGCCUCACCUCCACUCACCUUCAACCCGACCACCCAGGAUAAUGCCUCACCUCCACUCACCUCCAACCCGACCACCCAGGAUAACACCUCAGAUGAGCAGACCACGGCCCCUGCACUGACCACUGCAUCCAUCGCUAGCACUGCAACUGCUCCCUCAACCAUAGCUCCUACUAAUGCAUCUAAGCCAUCAUGUGAGGACAAAUACAGAGGUGUGUCUGUGAAGUACAUUUUUAACAAGGACAAUGACACAUUUACUGCAACACUGGAUGUUAAGGAAGAAUGUGAUCCUCCUAAAUGCGAAAAGCAGCACCCUGGCCUGGAUGCCUGUGUAAAUAAGACCAUCAACAUGUCACACACUUCAUGUGAGCCUCCAUUUGAAUAUCUCUUAGAGGUACCACCAGAUCCUAAUCAGUUUGUGCUGAAAGAAUGUGUGAAAAAUGAAGAAGCAGAUACUUCCCUUUGUUUAUGUUGGCAUAAUGAUUUUCUCAGUAGUGAAGAAUUCAUGUGUGAUAAAACUAAAAUUAAAUACAAAUUUAAAUGUGAUAACUAUUCUCAAGAUAAUAAUGGAGACAAAGUUGAAGUGAGGGGCCUUCAACCCAGAACUAAUUAUACUUGUAGUUCACAAGUAUACUAUAAUCAACAGCUUCUUAUUAGCCAAGAAAAAACUAUUUUAACAGAUUUUGGAGUACCAGGAAAACCUCAGAAUUUUACUUGUCCUGCUAAAAGUGCAACUGAAGGAAACAUUGCCUGGACACCACCUCAAAAUUAUUUUGAUGGGUUCUUUCUUUGCUAUUGGAGUACUCCAGGUGAAGAAAAUUGCACCAGUCUGGAUAAAACCCAGCACAGAACGGAUUUGCGCCAUUUGACACCUUACACAAAAUAUGAGGUAUCGUUACAGGCCCUCGUCACAGGAAGAAUAGUUCGCAAGAGCGGAACUGUGACCUGUCAAUUUGAGACAAAUGCAACAUAUCCAGGCAAGGUCAAAGGUUUAAAGGCUUUACGGAAGACAGAAAAUGCUAUAGAUGUGAGUUGUAAACCUCCUGACCAGCUUAAUGGCCCCGAAGGGUUCUACCAUUUGGAAGUAAGAACUGGAAACACCUUGGUUAAUAGUUAUUCAGGAUCAGAAUGCAAAUUCCUGGUAGAAGAUCUUCAAUAUUUAACAGAAUAUAAUUUUUCGGUCUAUUAUCACAAUAAGGAAUAUGCUGGUCUUCGAGAGAGUGUUAUAGAAUCAACAUCUUAUAAUGUUAAAGCAGUCAUCAUAUUUUUGGUGUUUCUGAUUAUUGUGACAUCAAUAGCCCUGCUCAUUGUUCUCUAUAAAAUCUAUGAUCUGCAUAAGAAAAGAUCCAGCAAUUUAGAUGAGCAGCAGGAGCUAGUUGAAAGGGAUGAUGAGAAGCAGCUGAUGAACGUGGAGCCCAUCCAUGCAGAUGUUUUGCUGGAGACUUACAAGCGGAAGAUCGCAGAUGAAGCAAGGCUCUUCCUGGCUGAGUUUCAGAGCAUUCCACGGGUAUUUAGCAAGUUUUCCAUCAAGGAUGCUCGAAAAUCCUUUAACCAGAACAAAAACCGCUAUGUUGAUAUCCUUCCCUAUGACUACAACCGUGUUGAACUCUCUGACAUAAAUGGAGAUCCAGGAUCAAAUUAUAUAAAUGCCAGCUAUAUUGAUGGUUUCAAAGAACCCAGGAAAUACAUUGCAGCACAAGGUCCCAGGGAUGAGACUGUGGAUGAUUUCUGGAGGAUGAUCUGGGAGCAGAAAGCCACGGUUAUUGUCAUGGUCACUCGUUGUGAAGAAGGGAACAAGAACAAGUGUGCAGAGUACUGGCCGUCAAUGGAAGAGGGCAGCCGGGUUUAUGGAGAUGUGUUUGUGGAGAUCAACGAGCACAAAAGAUGCCCGGAUUACAUCAUUCAGAAGCUGACCGUUGGAAAUAGAAAAGAAAAAGCAAAUGCAAGGGCAGUGACUCACAUUCAGUUCACCAGCUGGCCGGACCACGGGGUCCCCGAAGACCCUCACCUGCUCCUCAAGCUGCGCAGGAGGGUGAACGCUUUCAGCAACUUCUUCAGCGGCCCCAUCGUGGUGCACUGCAGUGCUGGUGUUGGGCGCACAGGCACCUACAUCGGGAUCGAUGCCAUGCUGGAAGGCCUGGAGGCGGAGAACAAGGUGGAUGUCUAUGGCUAUGUCGUCAAACUCAGACGACAGAGGUGCCUGAUGGUUCAGGUGGAGGCACAGUACAUCUUGAUUCACCAGGCCUUGGUGGAGUACAAUCAGUUUGGGGAGACAGAAGUGAGCCUGUCUGAGUUACACCCAUACCUGUCUAACAUGAAGAAAAGAGACCCGCCCAGUGAGCCUUCCCCACUGGAGGCUGAGUUCCAGAGACUUCCUUCUUAUAGGAGCUGGAGAACACAGCAUAUUGGGAACCAAGAAGAAAAUAAGAGUAAAAACAGGAAUUCUAACAUCAUUCCAUAUGACUUUAACAGAGUGGCCCUGAAACAUGAGCUGGAAACGAGCAAGGAGAGUGAGCAAGACUCGGAUGAGUCCUCGGACGAAGACAGUGACUCGGAAGAGAUAAGCAGAUACAUCAAUGCCUCCUUUGUCAUGAGUUACUGGAAACCUGAAGUGAUGAUUGCGGCUCAGGGACCGCUGAAAGAGACCAUCGGUGACUUCUGGCAGAUGGUCUUCCAAAGAAAAGUCAAGGUGAUCGUUAUGCUGACGGAACUGAAGAGUGGAGACCAGGAAGCCUGUGCUCAGUACUGGGAGGAAGGGAAGCAAACCUACGGAGAUGUGGAAGUUCACAUGAAGGACACCAACAAAUCUUCAGCGUACACCGUCCGUGCCUUUGAACUGAGACAUUCCAAGAGGAAAGAUCCGCGAACGGUGUACCAGUACCAAUUUAAUAACUGGAAUGGGGAAGAGCUGCCCGCAGAACCCAAAGAAUUGGUCUUGAUGAUCCAGAAUCUCAAACAAAAACUUCCCAAGAAGAAUUCUGCCGAAGGGAAUAAAUAUCACAGGAAUGUGCCUCUUCUCGUCCACUGCAGAGAUGGAUCUCAGCAAACAGGACUAUUUUGCGCGUUGUUCAACCUCUUGGAAAGCGCUGACACAGAAGAAGUGAUAGAUGUGUUUCAAGCUGUGAAGUCGCUCCGCAAAGCUCGGCCAGGAAUGGUCCCCAGCUUGGAGCAAUACCAAUUCCUGUAUGACGUCAUUGCCAGCACCUAUCCCGCCCAGAAUGGACAAGUAAAGAAAAGCAAGCAUCCAGAAGAUAAGGUUGAAUUUGAUAAUGAGGUGGACAAAACUAAGCCGGAUGCUAACUGCACAAGCCCCUCGGAGGCCCUGGAGAAGACUCCGGAAGGAGAGAAAGAGGCUGGAGGUGACAAACCCACAGAAGGUGCUGAGGGGCCUGAGCAUGCUGCCAAUGGUCCCGCGAGUCCGGUUGUAACUCAGAGUGCAUAGGAAAGACAGACGUGGGGCGGCUCCAGACCCCGGAUUCAGGUGGUUUCUACUUUUCUAGAACUAGAGAGGCAAAAUAGAUACACAGUGAAUUCACAAAGGGCAUGGACUGGUCUUUGUGGGAAGCUUUUGUUUUACAACUGUAGAAAAAUAUUUAAGACAGUCUUGCUGAAGCGUUCUUGUACAGUCUUAUGCUUAUUUUAAGUUUUAUCCAUCUCUGUCGGCCAGCAAGAAGCAGCUUCUUUGUAGCCUCUGUGUGUGUAUGUGUGUGUGUGUGUGUGUGUGUGUGUGUGUGUGUGUGUGUAAGAGACAGACAGACACGGGGGGCGGGGGUGAGUGAGAGGAGAAUGCUUUCAAGUAAAUCUAAACGCUCUGAGAAACUUUGCCAUUUUGUUUUUGAAGAAAAAUGACAAUAUUUUAUCCUAGGAAUAUUAACUUUGCUCAAAGGUUAUAUAUUUUUUUUAAAUCAUAAAUUGUGUGUGCUGCCAGUAAGAAGGACAUGUACAUUUCUAGAGUGACCUCAAGAUGGCCUCCUUGUCCUGCUGAAAUACGUCUUAUGAUUUCCUAUUUUGCUGCCAGAAAUAGACAUAAAAAUAGAAUGUGUGUACUACAGGGAAGUUAACUAAAUUAACAUUUGGAAAUCUUAUAUUCCAUAUGUUAGCAUUUAGUCCAAUAUUUCAGGCUUAUUUAAUCUAAUUUAAAAUUUCAAGAAAGCCUAUCUUGUUAUCUUCAUAUGGUGUUUACAAUUCUGUAGCACAGAUUAUUCUCUGUAUAAUAUGUGAAAUUCAUUGCCUGAUACUUUUGACCCAAAACUAUAUGUUUGCUACAAUUGAGCUUCAAUAAACAUCUUUAUAUAAA